AUAAUGGACUGGUGACUGUUGACGGGACUGAGUCACAAAUACAAUUGAACCCAAUUUCAAAUUGGGACUAGAUGUGUAGCAUUUCUUUCCUUGUUCUUUUCUUGAGUUAAUAAUCGUCAAAACAGGUCUCUGUCUCAGUUGUCCGGAGCUAAGGAGAUCUUUCCGCAGCGACUCUCUUGAUCGGUUCCAAUGGAUAGGGUCCCUACAGUUAAGAAUGUCCUAGUUCUAGAUUCUGAAGGAAAGCGUGUUGCGGUCAAGUACUAUUCAGAUGACUGGCCAACAAAUGCAGCCAAAGAAGCUUAUGAGAAAGCCAUAUUUGCCAAAACUCAGAAGAUUAAUGCAAGGACAGAAGUGGAGAUAACUAUGUUUGAGAAAUACAUUGUUGUUUACAAGUUUACCCAAGAUCUUCAUUUCUUUGUUACUGGAAGUGAAGAUGAAAAUGAGGUUAUCCUGUCCACAGUCCUCCAAGGAUUCUUUGAUGCGGUUGGGGUUCUUCUUAGGGGAAAUGUAGAGAGGAGUGAGGCACUUGAGAAUUUGGAUCUUAUUCUUCUGUGUCUGGAUGAAAUUGUUGAUGGCGGAAUUAUUCUUGAGACCGAUGCAAAUGUUAUUGCUGGAAAAGUUGCAACUAAUGUCUUGGAUUCUGGAGCGCCUUUGUCGGAGCAGACCAUCAGCCAGGCAUUUGCUACAGCUCGGGAACAUUUUACCAGAUCUCUUCUGAAAUGAUGUUAGGGAAUGAAUGAAUGGAACUAUGGAAGAGAUGAUCAACCUGUACUGUGAACUUCCCAUUAGAAUAUAUGUGCCCUCUCCAUCUUCGGAUUUUCCUGAUUUAUCCUUCCUAGGAUGUUGUUGUAUCACUUAUUUAUCCUUCCCGCUGUUGGAUGCAAUCAGUGUAAAAGUGUGGUGAUUUUUAUGAAAUUAAUAGGUAGAGAUUUCAGGUUUUGGAAUUUGGAUCUCUCGUGAUAAAACUUACGGAGUAUUAGUUUUACCAUCGGAAAAGAAAAAGUCCCUUGUGUGCAAUUGUGCAUACGUUUUGCCUAAA